AUGUCGUACAACGCAAUACGAGUCUGCGAUUGUACUACGAGUGUAGAAACCGGACAUUCUACGAACGUGCAAUCUAUUGAGACUAUGGGCAAAGGCAAACCCAAGAGCAAAAGGCAGUCUUUCCUCACGGACCCGGUAAAGGGUGGAAUCCGGAAAGCCAAGCUCAAAGAGAAGAAAAAGGCCCAAAAAGUACUCAAAGGCGGCGAACAAAGGCAUGCACUGGAUCAGGUAUGGUGGACCACUAGAAAGCAAGCGAAACAAUGGGUUUCCCACGCUCAGAGAGUCGGUAAAUUUGGCAAGCUAAGCAGUCAAGCAUGGGGCCAAUUCUUCCGACUCCUUAAAUCGCCAACCAGAUUCACGUUUGACGAAGCUAUGAAGAACCCGGAGCAAGAACUCAUUAUUGGCUGGAUUUUCAACGUUUUCUGGAGAGAGCGAGAGGAAGCCUCCCGCGCAAACGGAGUGAACGACUACGAGUCGCCUGAUAAUUGGUGGGACAUGAAUGCCUUGCCAGGCAGCCAGGCGCCUUCACAUCGAGCCGACGUAUCCGCAGAACAGACAGAUCGUGAGAAGCGUUCGAAAGUGAAUAAGUUACCUGCAAUAGGCUUCGGGCCUAAGAUUUCCACUGCGGAGUCCGGUCUUGAUAGGUAUUUUGCACCGAGACCAGCCGCCAAAGCCCCCAGCUCCAAAGCCGUUGAGCUUUCUCAGGAUGAGGAUGAAGUGGGAGAUACGGUGUCGGAGACUGAAGAGGAGUCUGAGGACGGCGAGGAUUGCUUUAUGGGGGGUGUAGCACUGCCGCUGCGGCCGAAAGGCUAG